CCGGAUUUAAAGAGACAGGCGCUCCAACCGUCGUGGUCAGCCCGCGGCCUGUGGGCUCCAGCUGCCGAGGGCCGCGGCGAACGCGGGAGCCGGGGAGGCAGCUGUAUGACUCUGACUUUUAAGAUCCUCUUCCCACCAGCCCUCCGUGCCCUCGGCCAAAAGGAACUGUGCCUACUCCGGAAACAGCUUCACCGACCUGACGUCAGGCAGUUCCAUCUGUGGGCAGAGACAGGUCUGUCUCAUGGGUGCUGCCUCUCUCAGAGGAGGAAGCCUGGUCUGUUGUCCCAGGGAGCAAAUCUAAGACCCCGGGCCACGCGGUUGGAUUUCUUGCCAGGAUCACAUGUGGGACUGUGCAGUGGCCCCUGGGAGAUGGCCGAGCAACGAUUCUGUGUGGACUAUGCCAAGCGGGGCACCGCGGGCUGCAAGAAAUGCAAGGAGAAGAUUGUGAAAGGUGUCUGCCGGAUUGGCAAGGUGGUCCCCAACCCCUUCUCAGAGUCUGGGGGCGAUAUGAAAGAGUGGUACCACAUUAAAUGCAUGUUUGAGAAACUGGAGCGGGCCCGGGCCACCACCAAAAAAAUUGAAGACCUCACGGAAUUGGAAGGCUGGGAAGAGCUGGAAGAGAAUGAAAAGGAACAGAUAAAUCAGCACAUUGCAGAUCUGUCAUCUAAGGCAACAAGCACACCCAAGAAGAAAGCUGUUGUUCAGACAAAGUUGACAGCCACAGGCCAGGUGACAUCUCCAGCAAAAGGCACCUCGUUUGUCACCAAUACCAACCCCCGGAAAUUUUCUGGUUUUUCAGCCAAGCCCAACAACUCUGGGGAAGGCGGCGUCAGCCCGACCCCUAAGCCCAGUCUGUCUUCCAGCAAAUGUGACCCCAAGCAUAAAGACUGUCUGCUCCGCGAGUUUCGCAAGCUGUGUGCCAUGGUGGCUGAAAACCCGAGCUACAACACGAAGACCCAGAUCAUCCAAGACUUCCUGAGGAAAGGCUCAGCAGGAGAUGGAUUCCACGGCGACGUGUACCUCACGGUGAAGCUGCUGCUGCCAGGCGUUAUUAAGAGUGUCUAUAACUUGAAUGAUAAGCAGAUUGUGAAGCUUUUCAGCCGCAUUUUUAAUUGCAACCCGGAUGACAUGGCACGAGACCUCGAACAGGGUGAUGUGUCGGAGACUAUCAGAGUCUUCUUUGAGCAGAGCAAGUCUUUCCCCCCUGCUGCCAAGAGCCUCCUCACCAUCCAGGAAGUGGACCAGUUCCUCCAGCAGCUGUCCAAGCUCACAAAGGAGGAUGAGCAGCAGCAGGCCCUGCAGGACAUCUCCUCCCGGUGUACUGCCAACGACCUUAAGUGCAUCAUCAGGCUGAUCAAACAUGAUCUGAAGAUGAACUCAGGCGCAAAGCACGUGUUAGAUGCCCUUGACCCCAAUGCCUACGAAGCUUUCAAAGCUUCCCGCAACUUACAGGACGUGGUGGAAAGGGUCCUCCGCAACCAGCAGGAGAACGAGCCAGGCCAGCGACGAGUCCUGAGUGUUCAGGCCUCACUGAUGACCCCCGUGCAGCCCAUGCUGGCUGAGGCCUGCAAAUCCAUCGAGUAUGCGAUGAAGAAGUGUCCCAAUGGCAUGUUCUCAGAGAUCAAGUAUGAUGGGGAGCGAGUCCAGGUGCAUAAGAACGGGGACCACUUCAGCUACUUCAGUCGCAGCCUGAAGCCUGUCCUGCCUCACAAGGUGGCCCACUUUAAGGAAUACAUCCCCCAGGCGUUCCCUGGAGGCCACAGCAUGAUCUUGGACUCAGAGGUGCUCCUUAUUGACAACAAGACCGGCAAACCACUGCCCUUUGGGACUCUGGGUGUGCACAAGAAAGCUGCCUUCCAGGAUGCUAACGUUUGCCUGUUUGUUUUUGAUUGUAUCUACUUCAAUGAUGUCAGCUUGAUGGACAGGCCUCUGUGGGAGCGACGUAAGUUUCUUCAUGACAACAUGGUUGAAAUUCCCAACCGGAUCAUGUUCUCAGAAAUGAAGCAAGUCACGAAAGGUUCUGAUUUGGCUGACAUGAUAAACCGGGUGAUCCGGGAGGGCCUUGAAGGGCUGGUGCUAAAGGACGUGAAGGGUACAUAUGAACCUGGAAAGCGGCACUGGCUGAAAGUGAAGAAAGACUAUUUGAACGAGGGGGCCAUGGCUGACACAGCUGACCUGGUGGUCCUUGGGGCUUUCUAUGGCCAAGGGAGCAAAGGUGGCAUGAUGUCCAUCUUCCUCAUGGGCUGCUAUGACCCACACAGCCAGAAGUGGUGCACAGUCACCAAGUGUGCCGGAGGCCAUGACGAUGCCACACUCGCCCGCCUGCAGAAGGAACUGGACAUGGUGAAGAUCAGCAAGGAUCCCAGCAAGAUACCCAGCUGGCUGAAAAUCAACAAGAUCUACUACCCUGACUUCAUUGUCCCAGAUCCAAAGAAAGCUGCCGUGUGGGAGAUCACAGGAGCUGAAUUCUCCAAAUCUGAGGCACACACCGCUGAUGGCAUCUCCAUUCGAUUCCCUCGCUGCACCCGCAUCCGUGACGACAAGGACUGGAAAACUGCCACUAACCUCCCCCAGCUCAAGGAGCUGUACCAGCUGUCGAAGGAGCGGGCCGACUUCACCGUGGUGGCGGGAGACGAGGGAAGCUCCACGACCGGGGGCAGCAGUGGGGAGAACGAGGGGGCCUCUGGGCCCUCUCGCAAGGCUCCCAAUGCCAAGAAGAAGGCAGGAGAGAAGCUGAGCAGCCCCAACAGCAAAGGGGGGGACAAGUGGAAUGCAAAACAUGGCCCUGUGAACGCCUCUGAGAAGCAGGCCAGGAAGUCUCCCGUGCGAGUCGGGGAGAAGAGGAAGGCAGAAGCAGCCGAGACCCCAGGCCAGACAAAGGUGCUGCUGGACAUCUUCACUGGCGUGCGGCUCUACCUGCCACCCUCCACGCCGGACUUCAGCCGUCUCAGACGCUACUUUGUGGCUUUUGAUGGGGACCUGGUACAGGAAUUUGACGUGGCUUCAGCCACACAUGCGCUGGGGAACAGGGACCAGAACCCCGAGGCUCAGCAGGUCUCCCCGGAGUGGAUUUGGGCAUGUAUCCGGAAACGGAGACUGGUAGCCCCCUGCUAGGUCCUGGAAGGUCUUGCUUCUCUCCUGGGCUUUCUCUUCCCAACACACACACACACACACACACACACACACACUCACUCACACUGCUUGGUGCAGGCUCACUCACUCACUUACACUGCUUGGUGCAGGCUGGGCUCACGGAAGACAGUGAGGAUGGGCUUUCUUCUGCAAGCAGCAAGUCUUCCAAACCCACUAACCGUGCAUGGGUUCAUUCAGACUAGGAGUUAGCUGCUGUGGGUGCUGCUGGUGAGUGAACUCCCCUUACUGGUUUACAUAGAUCUUUCAGAUCUGGGUGCUGGUUUUCUCUUUUUCUUAAAAAACUUAAAGAAAAAAAUCCCAGUUUGUUUCUCUGUUCCCUACCUGUGAUUUCUCCAGGGAUUUAAGUCACUGGGACUUGGAAACUCUAUCCAAGGAGCUGAUCCCAGGGGAUGGCUUCUCUCCUGGCCUGCCCCUUUAAACUAUUUAAAAGGCCCCUAGGAAAUGCUGCUCAUAUUUGGCACGAUUUGUAUUCAGUCGAGCCCCCCCCCCCCUUUUUUUGGCCAGGAAUGAAGCUCAUUUGAAAGAAAAUGAAUUUUAUGACUUCAUUCUGUACUCUCCGAUUACAGGGUAUAUGAAGGGUGGGAACCAGGAAUGGGUAGGAAUAUGAAAGGAGGUGCUUUGGGCUAUUCCUUUGGGGGAUUCAGGCAGGCCUUGAGGAUCUCACCUUUCCCACAUCUGGACAAAAUCCCCUCUGAGGACAAAUCUUCAGUUUGCUCACAGAGACUGUGCCUCUGCCAUCAGGCUGGUUUAUUUCAAUAAAAGGAUACUAGUUUAACAUAGA